AAAAAAAAAAAAAAAAAAAAAAAAAGAAAAACAAACACGGCUUUUCUUUGUUUGUUUGUUUAAAAUCCCAAGACGGAACAGAGCAGAGCAUUAUUAUUCUUUUAUGAUCCCAUACCUCUCUCGCUUCUUCGCAUCUUGAAAUCGAGAGAUAUGGAUUUGGAAUCAAUCUCCGAAGCCACCUCCGGAGCUGUUGGAUCGCUUCUCAGCACCACCAUUUUAUACCCUCUUGAUACCUGUAAAUCCAAGUUCCAGGCUGAGAUUCGUGUUCGCGGUCAGCAGAAAUACAGAUACCUAUCAGAUGUGUUUUGGGAAGCAAUCUCAUCAGGAAAUGUUCUAUCCUUGUAUCAAGGCCUAGGGACUAAGAAUCUGCAGUCUUUCAUUUCCUCCUUCAUCUACUUCUAUAGUUAUAGCUAUUUCAAGAGGUUGCAUUCUCAAAGGAUUGGUUCCAAGUCUAUUGGUACUAAGGCCAAUCUCCUCAUUGCUGCUGCUGCUGGUGCUUGUACCUCCCUUUUGACCCAACCUCUAGAUACAGCUUCAUCUAGGAUGCAAACAAGCGAGUUUGGAAAAUCAAAAGGCCUGUGGAAGACUUUAACCGAUGGUUCUUGGGGAAAUGCAUUUGAUGGCCUUGGGAUCUCUCUUUUGUUGACCUCUAAUCCAGCGAUUCAGUAUACAGUGUUUGAUCAGCUGAAACAGAACCUCCUUGAAAAAAGAAAUGCAAAAUUAAAGAAAGAUUCUUCCCCUGUAGUCCUCUCUGCAUUUAGGGCGUUUGUGUUAGGUGCGGUCUCAAAGAGUGCUGCCACCGUCAUCACAUAUCCAGCAAUCAGGUGUAAGGUGAUGAUUCAAGCAGCAGAUGACUCGAAGGAAGAUGAAGCAAAGAAGCCCCGGAAAAGAAUCAAGAAAACGAUUCCUGGGGUAAUAUAUGCUAUAUGGAAAAAGGAAGGGGUCCUAGGGUUCUUUAAAGGCUUGCAGGCUCAGAUCUUAAAGACAGUUCUGAGCUCGGCGUUGCUACUAAUGAUCAAGGAGAAAAUCACUGCAACCACAUGGAUUUUUAUUCUAGCAAUAAGAACUCUGUUUGUCGCAAAGGGUAGGUUAAAGGCCAAGCAAGAGUAAAGACUUUGGUUUGGCGGUCUGUACUGAAGGAUUAUCGGACAGGCAAGUAUUGUAGUGUUUCUCGUUUCAAGAACAAUUGAUUGUUUUAGUAAAGAUCUGAUUGUAGGUCCCGCAUAAAGCUUCUUGUUGUUGCCAGAUUGAGUUUCUGGGGUUAGAGAUUUUCUGGUUAUUGUGUAGUUAUGUUUGUUUUCUUCAGUCGUAAUAAAAUGAAGAUCUCUGUGUAGGUGUUCAUGUGACAGUGAUAUUGAACAUGCCCUAUGAGAUAUUUUUCACUA